CAGAGCUGGACUACAGCACCCGGCGCGCCUUGGUGGGCUCCCUGCGCAUGCCCUGUGCUCUGAGUACCAACACUGCAACCGGCUAAAGGCAAAGCUCAGAGCGUCUUUGAGCCUCCAGAAACCCGACAAAAGUGCUGUAACUGAGGCUGAACAACCUGUUCAAUAACUGGGAGAAGCCUGAGGGGUCCGGCCACACAAUGCCCGGUUCCUCGGAUCCAGGGUCACUGCCUCCACCAUACUUGUCUGAUGGUGCAGUGGUUCUUAUUAACUGAGAUUCAGUGAGACCACCAGUAACAGCAAGGAGCAGUUCUUCUGAGCUUGAUGGUGUUGGCUGACGGCUACAUGUAGGGGUGAGAAAUCAGGGUCAGACCUUCCAGGAGUGAAAUCAGGAAGCUUUUAUUCAGAAAGCAUUGUGGAAAUCUGGAACAAUCUCCCUGAAAAGGCUGUGGAUGUGGAAGUCAAUUGGAGUUUUCAAGACUGAGAUCAAUAGAAUUUUGUUGGCUGGGCCGUGCUGGAAUGAGUAGGCGACUGCACUGUGCCUGCACCCCAAUGCGUUGGUGCCUGAAGUGUUUCCGACUGGGCCGCAGGCGGCGAACGAAGCUCUUCCACCGUGUGAGGACCCUCUGGAUCUACAGCAAGCUUUGCGCCAACUCCCUCAUCUACAACUCCUUUACCAACUCUGAUGUUGUCCUUGAUUCUCUAUUUGAACCCAUCUAUUGGCUGGUGGACCACGUGACUAGAUGGUUUGGCGUGGUGUUUGUGAUCCUGGUGAUCAUCCUGACGACCACGAUUGUGAUGAUUGUUUAUAUUUGUGUCCUGCCGGUCAUCAUGAGCACAUAUCCUGUGGGCUGGAUCGCCUGGCACCUCUGCUAUGGGCACUGGAACCUGAUGCAGAUCAUAUUUCAUUACUACAAGGCCGUGCGGACACACCCUGGACACCCAGCAGAGGGCAAAAGUGACAUUCCGAUGGUUUCAAUCUGCAGGAAGUGUAUCAAUCCCAAACCAGCCCGCACCCAUCACUGCAGCAUUUGUAACCGAUGUAUUUUGAAGAUGGAUCAUCACUGUCCUUGGCUGAAUAACUGCGUGGGCCAUUACAACCAUCGAUACUUCUUCUCCUUCUGCCUGUUUAUGACACUGGGCUGUGUGUACUGUAGUGUGAGCAGCAGGGAGCUGUUCGUGGAUGCAUACUUCACUAUUAAUACAGCCACACAGACUCCAGCUCCCACCAUAUCAUUCCGAGAAAAGAUUUUCCACAAGUGUAUCAUUUAUCUCUGGGUUCUCUGCAGUUCUGUGGCCCUCGCUCUCAGUGGCCUCACCCUGUGGCACACGAUCCUCAUUCUCUGUGGGGAGACCAGCAUCGAGAGGCACAUCAACAAAAAGGAACGUCGGAGGCAGCAGAAGAAAGGCCGUGUUUUCAGGAAUCCCUAUCAUGCUGGCAAAUUGAACAACUUGAAAUUGUUUCUUGGAAUUGAAAAACGAAGUCACUGGAUUACUCGCUUGCUGCUCCCCUCAUCUCACAUGCCUUAUGGAGAUGGCAUGACAUGGGCGCUGCCAUCAACCUUCAGUGUGGAUAAGGCCAUAUUGGCAAUUUGAUGAGAGAUAACAAGAGAGACAACUUUUUGCUCACCUGAUGAGGGAUGACAGAAGAUAAACCUCUUUGUUCACUAAGAGGAUGGUGUGUGAAUCAGUGGGAAGGAACUAAUGGCUUGUGGACUUUCCUGCUCCUCUGGGUUUAGUGAAAGAUGAGAACUUUUGAACUGGAAAACUUCAAAAUGAUCCAAAGUGAUCGGCUGGUGCUCCUUGUGUUCAAAGGCAAUAAUCACAGGGUCAGUGAAGCAAUAAAGCACCCAAAGGUCGUGAGGAGAUUUAAUUUCUUAAGCCAUGAUACUGUGCUUCCUCAGACGGGAGUUAAUCAGGGACUUUUUUAAAUAAAGAUUUAAGGACUGUGUUUUAUAUAAAAAACUAAGCUAUUAUUGUAUAAUGAUUACUUCCUUUGAUGUCGACCUUGGGUGUUCUUGAAUUGUUGAUGCUGAAACAUUAAAUAUUCUCUACUAGGAGUAACUCAAGGGGCCCUGGUAAAGAGCGGUUUAGCUGUGUUAGGGAGAAGAGAUAAGCUUUUCAGAUAUCUACACCAUUUCACAGCAAACUCCUCUCCAGAACCCUAAUGGACCAAAUCCCUACCCAUUCCCCUUAACUCUGUUGCAAUAAGAUUCCUUCCCAUUUGCAUUUCAUUGGGAGCAAUUGUAGUCUAGCCUUUGAACAGUUUGUUGGUUUGUGGUUUUUGAAUAUUGUGUCUGGGUUAAAGGGCUUUGUUUUGCUGUAGUCAGUUGUAUUUAUUCUUAAGCUUGAUUCCAUCUGAUGUUUGUGUGGUUCUUGCAUUACACUGUCGUUGCUGAUGAUAAAUGGAUCAGUGUUAUAGAGUACAGAAUUGCACUCCCAGUCUACACUGCGAUUGGAGAGUGGGAUGACCAUCACUGAGCCUGGAUGGAUGGAUGGGUAGGUAGGUAAGUAAAAGCAGGCCCCCUGGCCAAAACUGGUACUGUUUCCAAUUUUUUUUUUGCAGUGUAAAUAAUGGCAGCUUAACUGAAAUUGUAAUGACUCUUACAGAUUUAAUAUUACCCACUCCAAGUCCUGCUGAUUGGGUUCUUUCUCAUUCUUUACUGAAGCAGGAAUCUGCCUCAGUCCUGGUAACUGGUUUGAGCGUGCAAGCCGAGAAUGGCCCCUGGCAUCAGUGGCUCAACUGGAUGUCCCUGUAGAUUCAAACAUUAUUCCUGAAUUUUACAUUAAAAUCUACUAAUGUCACUGUACACCUUACUGGAAAACAAUGUGCAGCCUGGUUAAGGACCAGUCAGUCUCUAUUCUGAUGCCCCACUUUCCCUGUUAAAUAUUCCAGCUGCAAACACUCUGACAAGCCACUCUUGAUAAAUGAGUAUUAUGUAUAGAAGCACCCUGGGUUUCAGCGGAACUGUACUCCAAUAUAACCCAAAAAGAAACAGUGAUAUUCUUUUUUGGACUUGUUUCAGUGUUUACCCUUAUUUAAGUGUAGCUGCACCAUCUUUAUGAUAAGAUAUGGUUAAUGUGACAAAUAAUUUCAAUACACCGCUAAAUACUGAAUAGUCUGAUUGGAACUGGAGAUUCCAAGUAACCGUUACAAAUAAUAAAGUCUUCAAUUCA